UUUUUAGACAGAAGAACAUAAAACAAUCUCUCUCUUUCUCGUUCAUAAGCUUCAAAGGCCAAAAGCACUCGAGCAAGCAGAGGAACCAAAUAGUUGUUCAGCGAGGCACAUAACAGUUGAAAAGGGUUUUGAGUAAAUGGGAAUUGAAGGAGAGAUGAGUUAUGGUGGGAUGCAAGAUGGUUUGAGCAUUGAUGAUAAAGAAGGGUUAAUAGACAAAGAUGAAGUGAUGAUUCGUCGAAUGAAGAACCGAGAAAGACAACGUAGGUAUAGAGCGAGGAAACGGAUGAGGGAAGAAGCGGGUAUCGAUGAGAGUCUUUCAUUUGAGACAAUGGGACAGCAUGAAGAAGGAGAAGAAGAGGAGCUAGAGUUUAAUGGAGGUAGUGGUGGUUAUGUAGACAACUUUGUGCGGCGUGUUUAUUGCGAUAGAGAUUGGAAAAAAGAAGCUAGAAGAGCUCAUUUGAUUGUCAACAAGGCUCAAGAUGGUUCUUGUGAGUUGGUUAUAAGGAAGAUAAGGCGGCAUCAAAGAGAUUGGAAAGCUGACGCUAGAAAGAAGAAAACUUGAUCUUGAGGAUUGUUAAGGUUGGUAGAGGAUCUUUGCAAGGUGGUAUGAGGAAGAGAAUGCACAAACAAAGCAGAUUUGAGAUUACAAAUCUUUUCAAAUAUUUCUAUUUUUGUAAAAGUGGAUAUGAUCAAGCAAAAUGUAAGUGAUUUGCUGUUUCUUGUCUGUGACUGUGAGUGUGUGUAUUCGAAAGAUCUAUGUUAGUAUACGAAGGUUUAAUGUA